AUGGUUGCCAAAGCCGGAUUCCUGAUCGACUCUCUACUUCGAGAUACAGCCGAAACCUCCGAACAAAUGCCGCCACUUUCCGACGAUGCCAUCCGAAGUGAGGAAUUGACAAAAGCAGAAAUGUUCGGGCAGCCGCCUUCCGAAUUGGCAAGUGAUAUCUUUUGCGAUUUCUAUUAUCUGCGACUGCCCGCGUCACCCCUCGACAUGUAUCUAGCCAAAAUGCAACUACUACAGAAGACAUUCUUUCAACAACAUACCCUCCAAACGGCCCUGAAUGCUCGUACUCCACCCAGAUUACUGCCUGGACAUCCAAGACUUCCAAUGAAAGCAACCGCGGGCCGUCGUCAAUCCAUCCCAGAAUCUGGUGCUGAAGGCCCUAGUCGAGGCAAUAUCAAAAAAUAUCGAUGUGAUAUCUGCGAAAAAACCUUCAGCCGCAGCAAUACUCUGGUCACCCAUAAGCGCAUCCACACCGGGGAGAAGCCGUUCAAAUGUGAGCACUGCGGACGAGCCUUCCGUCAACCUGGAAACCUGACCCGCCAUCGAUUGACCCAUACGACCGUAGGGCUUUUGAUCAAGCCCUACAUGUGUACCGAGUGCCACAAAACCUUCAAUCGAGCUUCUAACCUACAAGCCCAUAAGAAAACCCACGCUCGCCUG